AGAACAUGAAUAAGACAGCAAUGGUGGUGUUCGUGACGAUUCCCCGCGAUCUGCGAUGUAAUGACGAGGCGAGCGAGUCGUGAACGACAACGCGACGAUAAGCCUCGGUACGUGCGCGUGCGCUGGCCGCGGCCGUCGGGACCUUGAACACACCGCCUUCCCGCCGCAACACAACAAGCCAGUCCGGCCCGAGCCUUCGACCAAACACGACCGAUUUUUAUUUAUUUAUGACAACCAUACGACUCGAAUCACCUUACGAUAGCGACCAUGUGCCAGUGCACACCCCUCAGUGAAGUGAUCUUGUGAACCAGAAAGUGAUGAAGUGACACAACACACGUAUAGUGCCUAUUUGUGAUGUUUUGUGCCAACCCCUGUGCCAUAUUAGGAGAUACAUAAAUUUCAGUGUUUUUACAAGGCUGGGUGAGCGAUGAAGGGGUGGUUCGACGCGUUCCGCGAGGAAGGCGGGCCAACCCUAUACGCGUACCACAACCGCACCGCGGUCGCCGCGGAUGUGCCUGCGCUUGCGCUAGUGCUUGCCGCGAUCACCCUCUACCUCGCCUUUCUUGCUGUCUUCCCUGGCAUAAGGAAGGAGAGGUUUUCAACGUUCACCAUAGUCACACUCAGCCUGUUUGUCGGUACAGUCAUCCUAGUGUGUAAGCACGGCUCGUCGUGGCACGUGUCGGGCGCGCGUGUUGCUCGAGCUGCAUACCGCGCUUUCUCCGCCGAGCGGCUCGACUGCUGGCUCGCCGUACACGUCGGCCUGGGCCAUGUCAAUGUCACACUGACUGCGGUAUCUUGGGGCAACGCAUCACAAGGCGAUUCCGGUGUGGACUACAACGAGCAGUUUCGAUGGGAAGAAGCGGGUGCUAUCCAAGAUUGGUACAAAGCAGGCCUGGAAAAAGGUCUGCCGUAUCCAGUCAUGUCUGUGGCAGAACAUUUCGCCGUCCAACACGAAGGGUUUGAGUGGGGAGCCAAGUAUAGAGCCGCGGGGUAUACCACUUCCACUUUGUUAUGGACGGCGUUAGCUCUGUGGCUGUUAAUGAACCUCCUUCUGGUGGUAGUUCCUCGAUACGGCGCGUACGCAAUGGCGUCGUUAGGUGUGACCCUUUGCGCAGCAGCGGGCGGGUACUGGGCGUCAUUGCCGCAAACGCCACUGGUAGUUAGGCUCGAUGGAGCCAUGCUGUUCUUCUCACUCGGCUGGUGUUUCUGGCUAGUGCUCAUUGCAGGUUGUGCUUGCAUAGUAGUUGGUUUAUUAAUCGCAGCGCUGGACCUGGUGUGGCCACACAAGUUCUCUACGGUGUUAGAAGUGGACUACGAUACGCCGUACGACAGACAUGUUCUUAUCGUUGACAGUCGGCAGCGAGCGCGACCACAGACUCAGAACUCACUACCUUCUAGGAUAUUAAGGAGAUUAUCAUCAAAAACCAGAGAAACUGAAGGGCAAGUGUCAAUGUCGGUGGUAAGCGAGAACGGAGACAGAGGUCGGGACAACCCUGCGUUCCAACAUGAGCAACGGAAACCUAACUCUCCGUGGAGGUACCCGCUCUUUAGAAGACAGAUUGAUAGAGCGGAUUCAGCGUCAAGUCUGGGUUCAAGUGUAAACGGCAAUAGCUCCGCAAUCAAAAUGUCGCCUCUUGCAAGUGGCUCACCUGCCAUACCUCCACACAGAUUUCGACCUCAAAUUCCUGCCGCCGAGAGAGUGAAAGACAUGUGGUGAUAUGUUGUAGUAUUAUUUAGGGUUUAAGAUGAAGGGAAGUUGUAGAAGAAAGGGGCCAAGUAUUAUUGAACAAUUUCAAUGUGACCGAUCUCGGAACGCUUUCAAACUAACCAGCGUAGAAUAAAAAUAAUAAUAAUAAUAUAAGUGUCAAACACAAGGCCUGAAUCAAAAGGUAUUUUCAAAUCAUAACACACAAGGAGCAACCGACUAAGGUAUAUUUACUUCUACCUCAAAUCUAGGUAGAUACUUUAAGGUUCCUACUAAGUGUUAGACACUUAUAUUCCGAAUUUUUACGAUUUGCCUCCUGCGAAUCUCUUUUAUUGUAAAUAUUGUAAAUUUUUAGUUAGGAAUCUAAAUUAUAACGAAUCCGUCCAGUGUCAUAAAUUAUAAUGUUUAGAUUUUCAAACCAACAUAUUGUAUACCUCGUUUGUAAUAUCGUAGUGUUAAUUGUAAUAGUGCGUUGGAGUACGAUUGCAUCCAGACACAAGUGAAUACUUUGUGCCAUGUAAAUAUUAGAUGUAUCACGAUGUGACACAUUAUUGGUAAUCAUAAUCACUUGAUCCUCUUCAAGAAGUAUAUUGUCGAGCGCCGAGAAUUUUUAAAAGUUACAUGAAGAAACAAAUGCACAAGUUUUACUGUUUAGGAAUAUUCGUAUGGAACUUAAAAAAAAGGUGUUUUUACUUUAAACAAAUUGGUACUUCGGUAAAGAAAAGGCGUAAAAGUCAAACAACAAAGUUUACAAAACGAGUGACAAACAAACAUUUAUAAACGUUUUGGUUCAUAUCUUUCUUCAUUUCUAAAUAUGUUUAGGUAAAAAAAAAUACAUUUUUGCGAAUAACAAGACUGUGCAGACAGAUCGAAAAUUUACAUUACACCUGUUGGUGUUUAAAGUGAAAAUUGUAAAGUAAUCAUUUUUUAUAAAAAAUUGACGUUUACGCCCUUUCUCUCUGGAAGUAUCGAAAUAUUCAAAUGAAAGAUUAUUUGUAAAGGCAAAUUCAGUUUUAUAUUGUAUAAUAACAUGAAAUAAUAAAGAAGAGAUUAAUGUGUUUAAUCACUUUAACGCUUGACGGUUAUAAUUUUCCUGAAAUGGUUCGUAUUUUUAACAGACUUGUUUAUUUAAUGCACCCUAUUAUUACCCUACUUUUUAUUACAUUCAUACGAAUUUCCGAAAAAAACGCAUAAUAAUACCACAUCGGUCGUUAUAAGGUACCUAUUAAUCCGAUAUAAUUUUACCUGAUAACAAAAUGGAGUCGUGUAAUUUAUUAAUACCAUUGACAAAAACCUUGUACUUUACUCAUAGAACAAAGUCAUAGAUUUAGUUAGCUAUAAGUUAUUUAUUGUGUAAUUAUAUAGUUUCAAAUAUCAUAGACGGUUGGUGUGUGCUUGGGAUGUUUGCUAAACCACUUUAUAACAAUUACCUUCUACGUUUUAAUAAAAGUCUUAAAAAAACAUUUUCAAUGUUGUGAAAAUAUAUUUGCAACAGUGAAUAUGAAACACCGACAUUCU